UCUAAUGUUUCUGUUUUUGAGAAAGCGCAAAAGCCUCAUGUUUCAUUCCAUUGAAAAGUUAAAAGAGACACAGUACGCCCCAAAUGGGACGAAAAAGAAAACGAUUACAGACUUACCUGUGGGCUUCUAGAAAUGAGAGGUGCUAUGUGAUUAUGUUUGUAUCAACAUUAGAAAUUAUUUUAAGACAUGAUGGCAGAAAGCUUCAAAGUCAAUAGUAAACAGGAUUUGUUAGCAUCCAUACCUCUCAGUUGCAGAACAGAAUCAUUUGGCUGGCAAAAGAAGCAAUAGCCUGAAAAGGAAAAACAACCUAUUGGGAUGCUAAACUUCACCAAAAAGAACUCAUCGAUGUUUGAGAAUCAAUUAGUCUACCAAAAAGAAAUACUCCCUCCGUCCCAUAAUAUAAGAAGUUUCUUGCAAGCUAGCAUAGCUUGCAAAAACAUCUUAUAUGGUGGGACGGAGAGGGUAGCAUUGUAUGAAAAACAUCAAAAAAAGACUGGUGAGCAGGGGCACAGUUCAGAACCUCUUCUAUGUUAUGGUUUGAUGCGAUAUAACCAUAGUACUCACACUGUGGGUGGCUCAAACUGAAAAGAUGGGGAUAAAAUGUUGAAUUAAUAAAAAGCUCCGUGUUUCCUUGUGCGUUGUAUCUUGUUUUCCGAUACAUAAAAAUCCCAGCUCUAAACCAUGAGUAUCCAACAAAAGAAAGCAUGCCUGAUUAAAUGAAGAACAUGCGGUAGCCAGCAGCAUUCCACAACAUAACAGCUUGAGCAUGCAAUUGUGUCAAGAUCCAUCACCAAACCACACCAUUCUUUAUUAGCCCUUGCUGCCAAUAAGUGGAACAUGACAAUGUGAUGGUUCAUCUCGAGGACAGCAGACAUAAUAAAAAACUGUAGUAAACAUGAGACGGCUUUAGUGUUGUCAUCUCUAUGCUCCUGCCAGAUCUCAAGGCAUAGCAGACAGCAGCAUCAGGGAGAUGUAAUGGCAUGAUUCUUCAUGUCCACCGAUUAGAUGCUGCACCACUGCUGUACACUUCUUCUGUAUAAAUAGACGGCAGCAGAACUGUACAUACAUCAAACAAGAAGCUCUUCUUUUCUGCUUCUCCUCCUCUCAUCAACCACAAUACAGAGAAAAACAUCAAGCUCAGAGAUGGCUUUCCACCUAAGAUCGAUAAGUUUGCCUUCUAGGCCUCACGUCAGUGAGACCGAAGUCGAGCAAGAACUUCACAGCUUAGAAGCAAGCAUCUGUUCCUCCAAUUCCAUCAGUACGAUGUGCGAUGGUCUCAGGAGUCUUGCAAACAUCUACCAUGCUCUUGAAGAGAUUAUUUGCUUACCAAGCAACCAAGUUUGCUCCUCCCAGCAGAGGAACAUAUUGGAUGGAGAAAUGGAAGCUUGUCUCGAGCUGCUAGAUCUCUGCAGCACUAUGCAAGAGAUCUUUGUCGAGAUGAAGGCAAUCAUCCAAGAGCUGCAACUGGCUCUAAGGAAAGGGGAUGAUGCAGCUGCUCAAGCCAAGAUCCAGUCUUACACCCACUUGGCGAAGAAGGCCAAGAAACAUUUCAGGAAGACCGCGAAGAAGGCUCCUGCAGCUUGCAAGAUGGUCAUGCUGUUGGCCAAGGCCAGAGAGAUCUCUGUCUCUCUGCUGGAGUCCACAAUCCAUCUCUUGUCGAAGCAAAUCGAAAUGCCAAAACAGCCUCUUGUUUUCAAGGCAUUUCACAAGAAGGCAGCUGUUUGCAAGGAGGAGCAAUUGUUGGGUCUAGAGGGCAGUAUGGGAGAUCUCGAGAGCGGUGCAGGACAUCUGUUCAGGAAAUUAGUCCAGAGCAGAGUUUCUUUACUCAACAUCCUUAGCUCGUAGAUACUCCCAAGACGCUCUUGACACUCUUGACACUCUGAUUGGCAUCCACCUUUUAAGGAAUAGCUGAUCUUCAUACAGUUUCCCCAUAUUUCUACGAGAUAGUAUAAAUGUAAAUGAUACUAUAGAAAGAGAAACAGAAGUUCUGAUCCAUUUGACCAUUUCAUGCUUAUGUGUUUUCGUGAGCCUAGUAUACUUUAUUUUAAUGUCCUUAGUUAGUGGAUCUUGCUUCUUGUGCAUGAAACAUGCCAGAUCAAAGUCAGAAGGUCUCAACUUGUUGUUAGCAGAAUCAAUCAAUUUUAUUAUCCAGAUUCUGUACCACCACCACAUGUCCAUAUGGCUGUGCAGUCUGGCACUACAAUUGAAUAUAUUUAUUGUUUCAUACAACAAAGUCUAGAUUAGUACUCUCAAGUAUUAACAUUGUCGACAUCUAUAUCAUUUAAGCAUUUAAGGUGAAAAAUAACAAAAAACAUUUAUCGUAGAAGCACAACCUUUUGCAUGUCCUACAGGAUUAACGAUAAUCUGAGCAAAACGUGAUACAAUCUUUUGCACUGAUAUUGUUACAUACAGUAGCCUUAGUAAUGGCCUUUCUGAACAAGGGCUUGUGGAAUCGGCCAUUGAGUAAUUUCUAAGUAUGCCAUGCAAGCCUUAUAUUUUUGGCUACAAU